AUGGAUGAUGAACUUCGAGACAAGGAUGCUGUUAUCAAACAUCGUACUAAACAAAAUCGAGACAGCAAGGUAGGAGCCAAAGAAACAUCUAUUAAUGUCGGCGACGAAGUACUUAUGAAAAACAUGCAUCCAGCGAAUAAACUAUCAUCCACUUUUCUGCCUGUACCAGCAACAGUUGUGGAGAAGCAUGGAAGCACGGCGACGGUGGAGACCGAAAGUGGUCAACGUUUCAAAAGAAACACAUCACAUCUAAAGGUGCACCAUCCAUUGCCGUCUGUGGAUAACGUACCAUCUGCAGACGACAUCAGCCACGGCGAACGAGAUGAUCCUACGAAGGACAUUCCACAAUCAACGAAUUCCGGUCAAGAUAGACCCCAUAGGAUAUGUGCCACUAGUAAGUUCGCCGAGCAAUGCCUUCAAUUACAACGCGGCAAUACGGAAGUACUGUGCGUCACCGUGCAGGAUAGUAUUGAAUGCGCCCAAAAUAUCCGUAAUGGAACGGCCGAUAUUGGAAUUUUCAGCGCGGAAAGCAUGCUACAGCUAGCAACACUGUCAUGGGAUGGACUAACGGUUAUUAAAGAGCUGCGACACAAGGACCGUGCUCGAGAAACUGUUGACUACCGAUCGGUAGUAGUAGUUCCCUCCACACACCAGGGCGGACUGGAAGGAUUACGCGGAAAAAAGUUCUGCCAUCCAGGAUUACACUACGGUCGUCAGCAGCGGUGGAGUGAACGAUUUCUGAAGUAUUUUGAGAGAUUAGUUGUGCCGGCACCUUGUGGAGAUUCGAAAAAUGCUGCCGAAAUUGAAACGGUGGCGUUAUCAAGGUUUUUCCAGUCUGCCUGUCGUCCUGGAAAGUGGUCCAACGUACCUCAAGAAGAUGCAGAAUUAAAAACUAAGUAUCCGAAUCUUUGCGAGCUGUGCCACAAUGCCAAUCAAUGUAGUUACGAUGCAACUACUGUAUCCAAUCAUCGCGCUGCACUGGACUGUCUCCGCUCGGGUGGCGAUGUAGCCUACGUAUCCCAACAGGAUGCGGUUGAAUUUUUCACCUUUAACAGCGACAUUGUGGAUAACUACGCCUAUCUGUGCCCGAACGGCACACUAGUACCAGCUAGGGACGCAAGCAAUAUUUGCUCCUGGUUAACUCAGCCCUGGCCGGUAAUUAUGUCCACCGCUGCUCGUCCAGUAGAAAUUGCACUGAAAAUCGAUCGCUGGAUGCGUGGAGCUACCGGAUCGAUGUGGGAGUCGGCUAUACAGGAGAUAAUCGGACAGGACAGUCGAUCCGUAAUCUCAGUUGGAUCAAUCCAAUCUCCCGUCGACUACCUGCGACCCUAUCGACAAAUUCCGAUUCCGUCGGAUCUCUGCCAAACGACCGCCCGUUGGUGUACUACAUCGUUUGAAGAGAAGGAAAAAUGCGACGUACUGCGGACAGCUGCUUUGACAUCCGGGAUUUAUCCCAUCAUCGAGUGUACGGAUCCGGCUACCAGCCGCAUGGCGUGUCUAAGCGAUAUUGCCAGCCAGCGAGCAGAUUUCAUUGGAAUCGACUCCAAUUUUGGGUUUUUAGCAAGGCAUUUAUUCAACUUGACUGCGGCAAUGUUCCAGGAAACUGACAAAGAAAAGUAUUCCUCAGUUGUAGUGAUCGUUCGUGACGACAGCCGUUUCACGCGAUUCGAAAAUUUACGCAACGCCAAGGCGUGCAUACCAGAGUUUGGUGGAAUUGCGUCGAUCGCGUUCAUCAACGUCGGUAGAACACGAGGUGUUUUCGAUCGGAACGAUUGCAAUUAUGGACGUCUUUUGGGCGACUUUUUCAGCGACUCGUGUGCACCGGGUUCACGUGAUAGUUUGCACGAUCCGCAUGGUCGAAAUGCUGAAUCUUUAUGCACGCUUUGCCACAAUGCCACAGUAACGCCGCGUGUCGCCGAUCCCAUUGACGGAGAGGAAGAUUCGACGGUCGCUAACGAUGAGCUGGAACUACAACCCGUGGAGGUUGAAGGGAAAACUAAUUUAGAAGGCGCCAUCGAAAGAAAUGUCAAUUGUGUGGCAAAUCAAAACAAUCCAUUCUACGGGACGAAGGGUGCAUUGAACUGCUUGCUACAGCAAGGCGAGGUUGCAAUUGUCGAAGCCCAGAAUUUAGCUGAGCAUGCUCGCGCUUUAGGAUUGGAUCCUAACAAUUACAGAUUUUUGUGUCGUAACGGUACGUUGGCAGCUAAUACCGGAUUUCAAAUAGAUGAAGAAUGUGUGCUAACCACCAUUGUGGACGGCGAGAUUGUUGUGCGGCGCCAAUCUUCUAAGGCUGCUGGUAUUGUUAAUGCACUAAGUUCCCUGGAUGUGUACCUCCAAAGUGACCCGGAUUUUAAGAUGUACAACAUUUAUAAUGGUGUUAAGAAUCUACUUUUUGAAGAUUCGGCCCUGGGAUUGGUUUCCACUCAACACACCGAGUUAGGUCAUGCAGUGCAGAACUACAUUCGUUUGUUCGAAAAUAUUGAAGACUGCAAAAAUAGCGCAGGAACUACGACCGCUAAUCCAGGGGGAGGCGCAGCCAUGAUAACCAUUAAUGUGUUUAUGACAUUUAUGUUUGUGUUGUACAACGUGGUCAAAGGAUGA